AAUUUACAGACUGUUUAUGCUGAAGAUACUACGGAAUGAAAUGGGAGAAGCCCAGAUUAAUACUCUUGCAAAAUAGUUAUAGCUUAUUAAUAUCUGUGUGAUCCUGUACACGACAAUCCAGAUCCUUUCUGUAACACCUUUUUAAGAAAGGUGGUGUUUACUGUACCAGCUAAAGUGAAUCAGAAUGCCUCUCAAUGAUGACCAGAGCAGUGAUUCAGAUUCUUCACGCCUCUCUGAAAGCACAGCUUCUUCUAGUGACUCUGAGUAUUCAAGACAGAGCUUCAACAGUGAUUCUUCAAGCAAGCCCAGUUCCCCAGCUUCAGCAAGUCCUCCCAAGAUGGUUACAUUUGAUGAACUGAUGGCAGCUGCAAGAAACCUGACAAAUUUGACUCUAGCUCAUGAAAUUGCUGUAAACGCAAACUUUUGCAUAAAACAUGAAGACCUCCCGCAGAACAGCUUUGCAGGCACAGUGAAACAAAUUGUACACAAGGCAUUUUGGGAUUGUUUGGAAUCAGAACUGAAUGAAGAUCCUCCAGAAUAUGAACAUGCUAUCAAGCUCUUUGCAGAAAUUAAGGAGAUUCUUCUUUCCUUUCUGACUCCUGGAGCAAACAGGAUUCAAAAUCAAAUCUGUGAAGUUCUAGAUACAGAUCUUAUAAGACAGCAAGCAGAACAUAAUGCUGUUGAUAUUCAUGGGCUGGCAAACUAUAUCAUCACAACUAUGGGGAAGUUGUGUGCUCCAAUAAGAGAUAAUGAUAUAAAACAGUUAAAAGCAACUGACAAUAUCGUAGAGUUAUUGAGACAAAUAUUCCAUGUUCUGGACCUGAUGAAAAUGGAUAUGGCUAACUAUACAAUUCAAAAUCUUAGGCCAUAUCUUCAGCGUAAUUUGGUGGACUAUGAAAGAACAAAAUUCCAGGAAAUUCUUGAAGAAACACCAAGUGCUCUGGAUCUCACAACAGAAUGGAUAAAGGAAUCAAUAGAAGAUGAAUUGUCUUCUAUUUAUGACGAAUCUUCAUCCCCUGGUGCUGACAGUAGUUCUAAACCAAGUCUUAGUCCUACACUGGUGCUAAACAAUGGCUACUUGAAACUAUUACAAUGGGAUUAUCACAAAACAAUUCCAGAGACUCUAAUAACAGAUGAAGCUCGUCUUCAGGAGUUGAGAGAAAAGCUAAAUCAAUUAAAAAUCAUAGCUUGUGUGUGUCUCAUAACAAACAAUACGGUGGGUGCAGCAAUUGUAAAUGUGCCAGAUCUUGCUGACCAACUGAAGAGGAUCUCUUUUCCUCUUCUUGAAGGCAUGAACAAGAAAACUUUUGAUUUGAAAGAGGCUCUGAAUGCUAUCGGUGUCCAGAUUUGCAGCAAAGUGAACAGAUCUCUCUCUGAAAGAGAUCUCCCAACUCUUAAUACAGAAAUGCAGAAUAACUUAAUGGGUCAAAUUGCUAGUAUUGUUGAAGAGAACAAUCCUGUCAGUUCCUUAAUUGAUAAACGAAUCCAUGUGAUUCAGACAGAGAUGGAGUUUGUUGGAUCUCAGUAUGCAAGCAUUGUAAACUUUAACAAACAAGUGUAUGGACCGUUCUAUGCAAACAUACUUAGGAAACUACUUUUUUCUGAAGCACCAAUGGGGAAGGUGGAAACAGAAGCACCUACCAAUUGAAAAAUGACCUAUUUCUGUACCCUGUUCUCUUCCCGUCAGUCUUUAUAAUAGAGACACUGUGACCUGAUUUCCCUACUAUGAAUAACCCACUCCAGUGACUAUGAAUGAGGGGGACAGGUCUUGUAAAAAUGUAUACAGAUAGCUUCUGAAAUCCACUGGAAAAAAAUUAAUUUCAAGUACAUAUGUAUUUUUUUAAUAGACUAAGUCUGUCUAAUGGAUUGUGUCACUUGCAAUAGCCAGUAAAAUAUUAGCUUCCAAGACAAGCAUUUACAAUGACUCGUGAGGGGAAGAGCUGGCAAAGUACUUGCUGUUUUGCCACCAUUAAAACAUAAUCAGUUUUUUUAACUUAAUAUAUUUUACAUAUACUGAUGCAAUUAUGACAUGACAAAAUAAUUCUAGAUAAAAUUUCCUAUAUAUAUUUAGGACAGCAUCUAAUAAAACAAUUCUCUCUUCAAAAAAGACUUUGAAGCAAAAAGUAUAGUAAUAACUGCUUUCGUAACCAAGGACAGGUCCAUAUUUGGCCAAGUUCUAGUACUCCUGCAGUUACUGGAAUGAGAAUUUAGCCUAUGUUACAUUAAGGAAUGCCAGUAUUAUUAGAAGCUGUUUUGAAUAUAGCAGUUACAGAAGAGCUCACUGUUUAAAGUAGGAACCAUUCAGAACUUGUCAAUUGUAAUUGAGGGAUUAAUGAAAAACUCCUAAGGUUAAAAAAAAAAAAAAAAGAUCAUGGGGAGGGAAAAAAGUCUGUCUAUAAUGUCUAUAAGCAUUUUGUUUAUCCAAUGGAGGUCAUACACAAAGCUCAAAGUCUAAUAUGUUAUAUGCUGAUCCUUGAUCUUAUUUGGGCAUUAAGUAUUUCUGAGUUAGGGCUUUCAGACCUUUGUUCUUACAGGCACUUGACUUUGAGAAUAAUGUCACUGAGUGCAGCAGAGCAAUUUCCCCUUCUGUAGUCUGUUCGAUGAAGGCAUAAGUUUUUUACAGAGUAUUUUUGGUACUCUCGGUUCUGAAUGCAAGAACUCAAGUUGUUAAUUGUUCUCGAAAAUCUAAGUACUGUAAGUGAUUAGCUUGACUUUCACUGGGCCUCUGUGGGAAAUACUUCAGCUUUUCCCCAAAUUACUUUGGAAUAGGCCUUGAUACUUGGUUCCCAUUUAAGACUACAGGAGUUUUGCAUACAGAGAAUGAGUAAGUUUGAUAUGGAGAAGUAUAUGUAAACUUUCGGAUGUUUACUUCCAUACUAGAUUUUGCAUAUAUCAGACUACUGGGAAUAGAUAGUGUUGGAAUACUCUAGUAUGGAUGCAUUCUUGUCUAUGAAAAUUGAAAAAGUUACUUGAAAAUGAUGUUUUAAUAUAUUAUCAUACAAUAGUCCUUUUUAAAUGUCAAAUAUAUAAAGUCCAUGUGGUACAAGUUAAACAGCUUGUUUUUAAUAUUUUAUAUUACAGUCUAUUUUUAUUAAGAAACAAAUUUACCCAUAAAAGCUUAAUGUGCCACACAAAUUGUGUAUAUAUACAUUUAUUAUGUCUAUCAUAAAGGUCUAAAGUGGGCAUUAUUAGCACUGUGGUUUUGUAGUCCCUUUUUACAGGAUUAUGUACCCCUUUUUAUUAAGGGAAAUGACUUCUAGUCACUUGUUGCUCAGAAUGUCCAAGGCCUUUGGCCACAUGUAUAUGGUAUGAAAAACUUUCUUCAAAAUAUGUUGUUACCAAAAAAAAGCUCUAGUGCACUUCUGUUCUAUCCCUUGUAUAAAAAAAAAUUGCACAAAAUAAAGAUAAAUAAGUAUUUUAAAGGGAACUGUGUUUCUUGAAGCCUGAAAAACCUGAGAGAGGAAGGAACUCCUAGAACAGACCAAUUGUGCCACUAUGUAACAUGGGUUUGUUCAGAUGAGUAUGGAAUUUUGACAAGGAAUUCAAAAUCAUCAAGAGAAGAAUUCAUUUCAAAAGCAAUUAAGAAUCAAAUCUUAGUGAUCCUGCAACAUCUUGGGACAUAGCUAAACUAUUUUGAACCUUAGGCUAAAAGAUGAUUUUAUGAACAUUUGAAGAACACUUAUAAAUUUAUAUCAUAAUACUUUAUAUGCAUUCUAGUGCAAAAUAAGCUGUGUGACGAUUGGCUUUUAAUGUAAAUUGGCAUACUAGUUUUUACGAGAAAAUACUUGGAAAGAGGAUUUUGGUUUUUUUGGGGGGGGUAAUUAAGGUGACUUGCAAAGGGCAUUUAAUAGCAUGGCCAAUGUUUCCACUGAUUGUUUAAUGUAUUUUAAUUUUUAUUUAAUGUUUCAAACCCAGACACUGUGUCUGUUUAAUGUCGUGUUGCAUGCUAUUUACGCUAACAUGGCUGAAAUGCAUGUGCCUCAACUCUGAAAUUGUCUUUGAUAAACAAGAUGCUAUUUUGUAGCAGCUUUCUUUGUUAAAAUAUAAAUACUUGUGAGGUUUUGUAUGCAUUAAACUUU